GCUGCCCGUCGACGGGGGCCUGAAACUGCUCCUGACCUCCGACCUCUUCGACGUCAACGACGGGGGAUCUCUGCCCGAGCUGCUCGCGGGCAUGCUCGACGCGGCCCCCAGCCCGAACAGGACGACGGCGGUGUGGCUGCGCGACGGGCGCGCGGGGUACGAGGACGCCUACGUGAGCUGGGCGUUCGCCAACUGGGACGUGAAGGGCCUGCGGCGGAUGCAGGCGCUGGGGAUCUCCCGGCACGUCGGCCUGUGGAUCAACCGGCACCUGGAGGAGGGGGCGCCCAUGACCCUGGAGGAGGACAUGGCGUCCAAUGAGUCUCGCGAGGUCGACCUGGAGUCCGUGAAGGCCCUCAUCGACAGCGCGGAGGUCUUGUACGUCACGGGGGGCGAGCCCUUUGCGCUGCUGCGGAACCUGCGGGGCCGCACCGGGCAGGCCGUGUGGACCCACGCCCUGGGGAGGCUCCGGGAAGGCAGGCUCAUCUUCCUGUCCAGGAGUGCCGGCACCAUCAUCGCCGGCGCGCACGUCGACGUGACGGCCAUGUACAGAUGA